AUUGGGCAUCUUUUCGGUGCACGCAGAGCCGACUGUGUAGAGCGAAGUGAAGCUGGCGAAACUGGGACUGAUGAUGUGGCGACCAUCACUUCUGCUGCUGAUGUUGCUGCUCAGGCGCGGGGCCCAGGGCAAGCCAUCCCCUGACGCAGGCCCUCAUGGCCAGGGGAGGGUGCACCAGGCGGCGCCCCUGAGCGAGGCCCCUCAUGAUGACGCCCACGGGAACUUCCAAUACGACCAUGAGGCUUUCCUGGGACGGGAAGUGGCCAAGGAAUUCGACCAGCUCAGCCCAGAGGAAAGCCGAGCCCGUCUGGGGCGCAUCGUGGACCGCAUGGACCGUGCAGGGGAUGGGGACGGCUGGGUGUCGCUGGCCGAGCUCCGUGCUUGGAUCGCGCACACGCAGCAGCGGCACAUACGGGACUCGGUGAGCGCGGCCUGGAACACGUACGACACGGACCGCGACGGGCGUGUGGGUUGGGAGGAGCUGCGCAACGCCACCUAUGGCCACUACGCGCCGGGUGAAGAAUUUCACGAUGUGGAGGACGCCGAGACCUACAAGAAGAUGCUGGCUCGGGAUGAGCGGCGUUUCCGGGUGGCGGACCAGGACGGGGACUCGAUGGCCACUCGGGAGGAGCUGACAGCCUUCUUGCACCCCGAAGAGUUCCCUCACAUGCGGGACAUCGUGAUUGCCGAAACCCUGGAGGAUCUGGACAAGAACAAAGAUGGCUAUGUCCAAGUGGAUGAGUACAUCGCGGAUCUGUACUCAGCCGAGCCCGGGGAGGAGGAGCCGGCCUGGGUGCAGACGGAGAGGGAGCAGUUCCGGGACUUCCGCGAUCUGGACAAGGACGGGCGGCUGGACCGCAGUGAGGUGGGCCGCUGGGUGCUGCCCCCCGCCCAGGACCAGCCGCUGGUGGAAGCCAACCACCUGCUCCGCGAGAGCGACACGGACAAGGAUGGGCGUUUGAGCAAGGCCGAGAUCCUGAGUAACUGGAACAUGUUCGUGGGUAGCCAGGCCACCAACUACGGCGAGGACCUGACCCGUCACCACGACGAACUCUGA